CAUAAAUUAAGUCAGAGAUGCAUUACAUACUGCAUCUUCAAUAACUAUUAGAAAAUGCGUGACGUAGCGAUGGAUGCAAAUGGAAAUGGGAAGCGUGAUCUUCCCCGAAUAGUUCUACAGCAACGAAUUAUGAGUACUGAAGAAACAUCUAAAUCUACGGAUUUGGAUUUCAUUUAUGAUGAUGCAGACAAGCAUGCCAAUGAAAUUGCAGAAUUAUAUAGUUAUUCGGAACAAUCUGAAUUACACGUUAACCUUACAGCAUUUGAAGAACAAAUGGAAUUAUAUAAAUUAAGACCAUGGUGGCAAAAUUUGUCAGAAGCUCAACAAAAAUCUGUAAUUUACAAAUUAUUAGAUCAAUUAGAGGUUUCUAAUAAACAAUUAAGAAUGAAGGCAGCAAGAUGUAUUUUGUAUUUAGCUCAAGGUUGUUGGGCUGAAGUACAAUCUGAUGAAGAGCAACGAGAAUGGACCAGAAAAAAUGUUAUGUUAUUGUAUGAGGCUGGAAUUUUUCCAACAUUUGUUGAACUUCUUAAUAUUGAAAUUACUAAUAGUAGAAGAGCUGCUUCUGCAAUGAGAAAAAUAUCUGUUAGUCUUGACGAUUCCACUGAUUUAAGAGUAAUUUUGUCAGUUUUAUAUAUUAUAACAGAAGUGAUGAGAGAAGAAAUGAAAAAUUUAAAACAUAGUAUUUAUAAAAAUAAUGUUGAAUCUUUUAAAGAAGAUUUAAUAAAUCCUUAUGGCGAAGAAUUACUUAUAGUUAAACUUCUUGGUAUGGUAACAUAUUUUUGCAGUGGAGCAGCUCCACAUUUUCCAAUGAAAAAAGUUCUUUUAUUAUUAUGGAAGUUAAUUUUGGUAUCUUUGGGUGGAAUUGAUACAUUGAGAGAAUUAAAAAAACAAUAUCGUGAAGAAGCUGGUCUUGAUACGCAACAAGAAGAUACUUUAGAAGUUGCUAAGACUAUGAGAGCUAGUUCUCCUCCUGUCAGUGCAGCAGAUUUAAUAGAAACACAAAAUCAAAAAAAGAAUCAUAGAUCUUAUCGACGAUUUUUAAUGAAACAAAGUUCAUUAGAUGAACCAGGCUUGGAAAUGGAAUAUGAAGGUGCAGAAAUGGGAAAUGAUACUGCAAAUAAUGAAGGUGAAGGAGAAGCUAAUGUAUUUAUGAAUCAAACUGUUUUAACUCAGUUACGAACUUAUUGUCAAAAUGAAAAUAAUCAACCUCAAGUAAGACCUGAUACUCCACAACUUACUAAAGGAAAAAGUUUACCAUGGACACCAAAAGUGAGACAAAAGGAUGUGGACACUUUUUUGGAAGUAUCAAGAUUAAAAUUUGUUGGUUACAAUUUAGAAGGAGACAGACAAAGUUUGGCAGGUUUACCACAACCAAUACUUGAAGGCGUUAAUACACUUAAAAGACAUAUGUAUAUAUCUUUAGCAGAAAUCCAAAUUCAAAAAGAGGAACAAAUGCUUAGAAAUCCUAUUAGUACUCCAAGGUUUCCAAUUCGCCAAACACCAACAGAAAUUGUAUAUCAUGCUAUAUUACCAUUUGUUCCACAAUAUAUGAUUGCAUUACUGAAGAUUUUAUUAGCAGCUGCACCUACUAGUAAAGCUAAAACAGAUAGUACUAAUAUUAUGGCUGAUGUUUUACCAGGACAAAUGCCUAUGACCGUUUUUCAAUCAAUGAAACUCGCCAUUGAUAUAAACAGACAUAAAGAAAUUAUUGUUAAAGCCGUAUCUGCUAUACUACUUCUUUUAUUGAAACAUUUUAAAUUAAAUCACAUAUAUCAAUUUGAAUUCAUGUCACAACAUUUAGUAUUUGCUAAUUGCAUACCACUCGUUUUAAAAUUUUUAAAUCAGAAUAUUCUAGCUUAUAUUAAAGUUAAAAAUGUUAUUCCUAUUUUGGAUUUUCCCAUGUGUGUUAUUGGAGAACAACCAGAUGUAUCUCUUGAUAAUCUUGAAACUGGAGACAAUUCACCAUGUUCAUGGAGAAAUGUUUUUUCUUGUAUUAAUUUAUUACGUAUUCUUAAUAAAUUGACAAAAUGGAAACAUAGUAGAAUUAUGAUGUUAAUCGUUUUUAAAUCAGCACCUAUAUUAAAACGUACAUUAAAAGUCAGACAUGCAAUGAUGCAAUUAUAUGUCUUAAAAUUACUAAAAAUGCAAACCAGGUAUUUAGGACGACAAUGGCGAAAAACUAAUAUGAAAACAAUCAGUGCAAUUUAUGCAAAAGUUCGACAUCGUCUGAAUGAUGAUUGGGCUUAUGGAAAUGAUUUAGAAGCACGACCUUGGGAUUUUCAAGUAGAUGAAUGCGUAUUACGUUCUUGUGUUGACCGAUUUAAUAAUCUACGAUACACUAAUGUCCCUAAAGAUAAAGAUAUGGAACCUGUUGAUAAUUCUGUUACGUCGGUACUCGGAGUAAACGUGGAAUUAAGCGAUGAAUUUAAACAACAUUAUGAAUUAUGGUUACAACAAGAAGUAUUUCAAAGAAGUAUUAAUUGGGACGAAUUAUUAGAUCCUGAAGCGUGUGAGAUUUAAAUUUUUAAUAAGUGUAAUAUAAUAUAUAUAUAUAUUAAAAUCGUAUUUUCGUCAACUCA